GGGGGCGGAGUCUGCGUACUGCUGCAGCUGUCCAUGGUUGCGUAGUAGGAGCCAGAGAGGGUCCGGGUACGUUCGAGAUGCAGCCAUAGUCACGCCACACAGUCUAAAAUUACAACCUGCUGAGAUCGUUAGUUUCGCAGCGCAUCAGAGCAGACUGAAAGUCAGUUGACGAAAGGCGUCAUGGCAGAGCACCAGAGGCAGCGCUCUCUGUCCACCGCUGGUGAGUCUCUCUACACCGUGCUGGGAGUGGAGAAGGUGGCCACAUGUGAUGAUAUUAAGAGAUCUUACAGGAAACUGGCACUGAAGUUCCACCCUGACAAGAAUCCUGACAAUCCAGAGGCAGCUGAUAAAUUCAAGGAGAUUAACAACGCCCAUGCAAUCCUGAAUGACCCUACAAAGCGUAACAUUUAUGACAAAUAUGGCUCUCUGGGACUUUAUGUGGCUGAGCAGUUUGGAGAGGAGAAUGUUAACACUUACUUUGUCCUUUCAAGCUGGUGGGCAAAGGCUCUGUUUGUAUUCUGCGGCCUGGCCACUGGCUGCUACUUCUGUUGCUGCCUGUGUUGCUGCUGUAACUGCUGCUGUGGAAAAUGUAAACCAAGGCCUCGGGAGGGCCAGGACCCAGAGUUUUAUGUGUCCCCUGAGGACCUGGAGGCUCAACUGCAGUCCGACGAGAGAGUAGAGGCUGGAGGUGACCCUAUAAUGCUGCAACCAUCAGCCACAGAGACGACCCAGCUAACAUCAGAUGGGUACCACUCCUACCACACUGAUACCGGCUUCAACUAACCUUCCACCCCUCUGUCAAUCCUGGCCUAUGGCCCUGCCUGCUUCCCUGCUCCACCUCAGUGAGAAGAAAAAAAAAGAAGGGCAUCCAUCUUUACACUACAGAAAGAGAGCCAUGCGGAGGAGAGGGACUAGUAAGCAUGGCCCAUGGAAGGAACUAAUAAAGUCACAUCCCUUACACUCCUCCCUGAUUGGUCCGCAACCUCUCCCCUUUCCCCCCAAGUAAGAGAAGAAAAGAGAAACAGCUAAAUUGUUUCUUUUUUAUUUCUUCUUUUGUAUUUCUUGGCCUUUAACCACACAGGUCGCCUACCCCCACUUUCCCCUCUCCCACAUUUUGCAUCAUGGUGUAGCAUGCACUGUUUAUAAAACAUGGUCUCCAGACUUUCUUUCAUCUUUAGCAACAUUUUUACUUUGCAAGACUCAUGAUACACUCAUGAUACAUUCGUGCAAUAUGUUCAAACGCGUACAGCUCACAAAGAGGAGGAGGAGGAGGAGGAGGAGGUGGUGGUGGUAAAUAUAUUUUAUGCUAAAGCUAAGGAGAGCCAUGGCUCAGGGAGGUGCAGGAUAGAGAGAUGAUUUUAUUUGCUGAGGUGGUCGGUGCCAUCAUUUAAUCUUCAAAACCAGAGUUGUCAUAUAUUUGUGCAAUUUUUACUCUGUACUGUUUUUAGUUGAAACUGCCAACUGCAGUUGUCUGACCUAUGGUUUGUCUUUGGCACUGUGUUUGUGUCUCGUGUGCUCCCUUGAGUGUUCUUAUUGUGAAUCAUGAGAUGGUCCUUUCAGGCCCAGACCUUUAUUUGAAGUCAGUCAGCAUAAACGCCUGCUGACGAAAUAUUUCUACUUUAGUUCUAAAUUGGAGUUUGCUGUUUUUUCUCUGCUUCAGAUCUGUUUCAACCCAUUCUUGCAGGUAAGAGACAAUGCUCCAGUUGGUUCUGCAGCACUGAACAGGUAGUCAUGACAGUUUUUUUCAAGGUAACUUCUAUGUUGAUGUAUCAUUUUAUUUUUCUAGUAUGGCAGGUUUCAGCCAAGGUGGAUUGUUUAUGUGUCACGAUUUCAUGUUGAGCUAUUGUUUAAAGUCAAGCCUAACAAGAAUAAAGACUACAUUUUAUUUGUAUGAUAUCUACAGUUUGGUAAAGAGUCCAGGCUUUUGGGGAAUAUUAAAAAGGGCUGCUGUAAGCUCCCCUUUGCAUAUCUUUAUUUAUUUGAGAGAUGUCACAAAUGAAAGAGAUUGAGAGGCAUUUACAAAGCUAAUCUUAUUGUACAAAUUCGUGUUUUCUUCAUGAUCUAUAUUGAAGCCAAGGUGUCCAGGUAAUCCAGCUGUUGCCAUAUAGAAACAAUGAUCUCUAGCAGCAGCAGCCCUGCUUAAGAGGGUGACAUGAUUUUCACUUUAAGCUGUGUUGAAUAUGUCAAGUGGUAAAUGUGAUGUGUGAAAACAUGUGACUCUCUUCAUGGCCGGGGAGUAAAGCUGACAUUGGAGUUUGUUAGGUAGUGAGAAAUGUAUUUUUUUUCAUUGCGUUUUUAGUCCUUGUGUUUUGAAUUCAGGUCUGAUGACUCUGACAUUUUGUCUGAUGCUGUGAUCGUUUAUCAUUGUUGACUUUUUUGAAUCCUCGUAGAGUAAAAAGCUCGUACGGCAUAUCAUCCGUGAGCCAGUGCUACAGGCAGCUCCAAGUCAAAAUGAAUCUAGAUUUUUCAUACUACUGGAUUUGCAUAUAUUGCCACACAUUUUAAAAUUUGCCAUAAUUGCCAUGAACAUCUUUGCCACUUUGUCAGUUUUCAUGACUGCUAAUAAUGUGUUUUAAUGGUUUACAAUUGGUGAGCUCCUGUUGCCCACCCUCUGCUAUUAACGGUAUGGAUGUUGACCUCUGUGGCCCUUGUAUGAUGUUUCCUGUAACCCUUGAUUAAACAUAGAUGUUCCUGUCAUGGCUUUUUCAUUGAGAUACUGAAAAUGCUAUUGUAAAUGUUCUAAGUUGAAUGCACCGUGUGUUUAAAAAAAACUACGAUAGAUCAAUGAUCAGGAAAUGACUCCAUAAAAAUACAACAUAGUAUAUAGUGUAACUAUAGUGAAAUGGUUAUAUGAUGCAUUUUUGGGUUUUUAUUUAUUUCAUACUCUGUCAUGUUUCAAAGAUGAUUGGCUAUAAUUUAAAUGGUAUGGUGUUGUAAUGUGACCAUUACAUGUUGCGAGGAAUGGUUUCAUGGUUCAGGUCGCUUGUACAUACACUUGGCCCAUAUAAAGUAUAAACCUUAACGUUUCUGUUGUAGCAUGGUAAUUGUGUGUCUGGAGGAAAACAAGUGGAUCAUUGAUCUGAUUUGCUGUUGUUGAAUAAAUGUUCCUGAACAUUG